UUGCUUCGUAAGUUCGUGGUCAAAAAAUUGUGUUGAUGUGCGAGAAAAACGCGUGGAAAAUUAUUUUAAAAAUGUGAAAAAAUUAUAAAAAUACAAAAAUACUUUGUUGAAAAGUGUAUUGAACAGUUUUAUAAUAAAGUAUAGUAAAUGCCGAGUACACUGGGGCAAUAAACUGUUGCAGUAUUUUGCGCCAUUGAAUCAGCAGCGGCACAAAAACGAAAACAAUUCAAUGCAGCAGCAGAGGUCGUAGCAGAAGUUAUAGCAACGUAGGGCAGCGUAGGGGCAUAGCAGCCGCAAGUGCAUUGAAAAAUUCUCGAUGAAAAAUAGGUUGAACUGAAAUUACUGUUGGCGAAAAACCCCCAAAGAGGUUUUACAAUUACAUAUAUGUGGUUUUAUUUUCUCAAGUGAAUACAAAGAACUCAAGUUGUGUUGUAUGUGGCAUUUUUUUUUUCUUUUUUUAUGGCAAAGUGGAGGUGGCAAACAGCGAAUUGUGUUUUAUACAGUCGUGUUAACGUUCACGUCUGUGCUCCCAAUAUUGGCGCUUUGAAAAACUACGCAGUGAAAAGCGCAGUAGCAGAGGUAGGGGCCAAGACGGAAGAAGCGUGGCGGUAAAUUCAUCGAUUUUUGUUAUUGCCUCUCGUGCGGGUUUGCGUGCACUUUAGCAAAGUAAAGUAACACCCAGGAGAAGGGUGAAAAAUUAAACAAAGCGCAUAGUGAAUGUAAUUAGAAAAAAAGAAAAACCGAUGGAAAAUAUACAAGCGACGGUUGGGGCAUUAGCCAUGCAAAGUGGAAGAAUUGAAAGUGGCGCUAAAAUAGCCUUGCCGCUAGAGGAACAUAAAGAAGCACCCGCACAGGUGAAGUUGCAUGAACCUGUCAACGGGCAACUAAAUGCUUCAAACAAUGGCACUCUGAAUGCACUCGUGGAAGAAGUUGGGCAAAGCGCAGGAGGAGAAAAGGGAAUUCCGCUGGCAAACGCUGUUAAAGUCGAUACACAGCAAACUAAGAAUUUACAAAGUAUUUUAGAUGUUGAUAUGAAAUAUCGAAAUGAUAAAGAUAAAAAUCAUAAAAAGAAAAAGAAGGAGAAGGAUCGUGAAAAAGAUAGAGAACGAAAUCGUGAACGUGAUCGGGACAAAGAACAUGAUCGCGAGCGCAACAAGGAUAAAAUUCGACAUAAAGAACGAGAUCGCGAGCGCCAUCGAGAACGGGACUCCACAAAAGAACGUGCUAAUAAGGAACACAAUUCGCACUCUCGUACAUCUUCCGGGGUUAAUUGCGACAAAAUAAGGGAAAGCGGAAAUAAACAUGAAAAGUCAAAACCGAACACUUCGUCGAGCCUAUCUUUAAAGCGUGACAGAGAGAAGCUUCCUUCUGCAGAAUCCACCAUGAGUUCCUUGACCGAGCAUAGACGUCGUAGUUCCGAUAGUAGUCGUGGCAGUCACAGCAGCUCAACGAAGUCUCAAAGCCGAACCAACAUCGCUGUAAUUGGUAAAGAAAUAAAUGUUGCAUCUCAAGAAAUAGCACAGGUUAAGAAAAGUGAAGUCGAAAAACCAAUUUUGCAAAUAAUAAAUACAAUCAAAGUUGAAUUGAAAGAACCAAAAAAUAAACAUCUACAAGUGCCAGAGAAUAAAAUUAUUGAAAUGGGCCAACAAGACAUAAAGGAAGAAAAGGAAAAAUUGGAUAAAGAAGUUCCAUUAAACGUUAUUGCUGUCAAUGCUAUAACAGCGCCCGCAAAACUAAGUAACGGUAUCAGGGAGGCCGGUCCCAAUGAUUUAAAUAUCGAUAAACCAGUUGCAGCGGUAAAAUUAGAAGAGAAUGUGAUAACGAACGUUAAAACUGAGUGCAACGGCAAUGCUUCAAAUAUGAAUAAUGCCGAAGGAGGAAUCAAUUGCACAAUCGCAGUAAAAACGCGCGACGAUGUUACGCGCCAAUUAGUUUUCAACAACGAACCCUUUGUGAAUCCCACUCCGAAAGAGGCAAAGGCCGAAACACUUAAUGAUAAUCGAGUGAUCUCACAUACUCCUAAAAUGUUACCGGUGGCUAAAUCGUCUAGUAGCAGCGCGCAUUCGACGUCGACGUCGACAUACAGCUCGAGUGGCCGCAAAUCUUCCUCAUCCAGUAGUAGUUAUCAUCGCAAAAACUCGACAUCUUCAUCAUCCUCAAGCACGAAGCAUUCUUCUUCGUCAACGUCAACUUCGACACCGGCAUCAACGUCGGCAUCGUCAUCGUCAUCUUCCCGCGGUCGCGAUUGUUCUAAGUGCUAUAAGCGUUCAAAAAUACGUCGUGCUAGCGUAGGCACACAAUUCCACCAAAAUGAACCCUUCGUUUUAAGUACUCCACGACGACGUCUACAACGACCACCUGAGGGCUUGGAACACUUAAAGUACGGAAGAUUAUUUGAAGUGGAUGUGCAUCCGAAUGGUGGCGCAUCUGUAAUACAUCUGUAUCAAGAUGAAUUGGAACAACUAUCUCCGGAACAGAUGGAGGAACUGGUGGAAGAGUUUUUCAAUGUUUGUUUCGCAGAAGACGAUCAGGGAUAUGCGUUGCAUGUAAUGGGCAUCGUGCAUGAUGCUGCACGUUACCUGCCCGAUUUACUUGACCACAUGGCAGAAAAUUAUUCAACGUUAACCGUAAAAGCAGGUGUUCUGGGACGGAAUUCCGACAUUGAGACCUGCACAAUGGCGCAAUACAAUGAACAGGUUGUAAGAAAUUACUCGCAAGGCACUUUUCGUUAUGGGCCAUUACACCAAAUCAGUUUGGUUGGUAAGGUGCACGAAGAGGUGGGCGGAUAUUUUCCCGAUUUGUUGGGGCGUAUUGAGUCGAAUCCUUUUCUGAAGAAGACGAUGCCCUGGGGUUCAUAUUCGGUUUUACAAACCGAUCCUCGUCUUUCCAAUGACGGACCUAUAUUGUGGGUACGUGCAGGCGAGCAAUUAGUGCCUACAGCAGAGCUGAACAGUAAAACACCACUGAAACGUCAACGGACACGCAUAAAUGAGCUGCGAAAUCUGCAGUAUCUACCACGAUUAUCGGAAGCGAGAGAGACUAUGAUUGAGGAUCGCACAAAGGCACACGCGGAUCAUGUUGGGCAUGGUCACGAGCGAAAUACCACGGCUGCUGUGGGUAUACUUAAAGCGGUGCAUUGUGGACAACCUUACACUCAUAAUCGUAUAACAAAGGACGUAGUGGCCUUUGCCGCUCAAGACUUCAAUUAUCUUGUCGAAGCUUUGCAACUCGAUUUGCAUGAGCCACCAAUAUCACAGUGCGUGCAGUGGACUGAGGAUGCCAAGCUCAAUCAGUUGCGACGUGAAGGCAUUCGUUAUUCUCGCAUUCAGCUAUGCGAUAAUGAUAUAUACUUUUUGCCGCGAAAUAUUAUACAUCAAUUCCGGACGGUUACAGCUGUUACCAGUAUUGCUUGGCACUUACGUUUGCGUCAGUAUUAUCCGGGGCAGGAGGUAAUUAACGAGAAGAAUAAUCCGGUGUUGGCAGAGCCACCACACUACAAAGAGAAGCAAACACUGUUGCCACAUCCUGUGUCGCACGACGAACAUCAUGGCAAGCGCACACCGUGCAAACGUUCACACGAUGGUAAAACCAAGAAGACAAAGAUCAUUGACAUCGAUGGCAAAGAGCGGCGUUCAAGUGAAAGUGGCACCGAGGAUUCCAAUUCGAAAGACGGCUCGGAAUUUGCGGCAUCAACAGGCCGUAAGCGAAAAGCCGUCAGAGAUGAUGCCAGAAUCGAUAUGCGCAAAAUGGUACUCGAACACGAAUUAAACAAGUCGAUGACAGCGGGCAGUGGGCAAGAAGAUGUGCCGGCUAUUUCAGCAAACGACAGCGUUAACACAGCCGGCAGUAGUAGCGCGUCUACUUCUACUACAACAACCGCAGUGGCGACUUUAGGUAAGAGCGCCAAUGAGAAACCUUUGAAAAAGCGCAAAGAGUCCAAGGAUAACACAUCCAAUGUAGAGGCUAUAAAACAAGAAAGACGAAGCAGCACUAACAGUAACGGUAAUAGUUUAAUGCAUAAAUUUAACGCUAACGGCGAUGUACCAAAUGAAACGCAACCCAAAAACUCCUACUUAAACUCAGUUACGAAAUCUCAAACGCAAACUUUCGUGCCUAGCGCACAAAAUGUCCAAAAAACGAACUAUGAACUACUUAACAUAACGACGCCAGUAACACCAAAAAAUGCAGCGCUAGCAUCAGUUGCGUCCACACCAUCCACAUCACAAAAGAUACCCAAACUGCCGGAGCCGACAGUGCCUGCAACACCCUUGCCACUUGUGCCUCAAACGCCCUUUACACAUCGCGAGGCCUACGUUAACAGUCUAAAUCAAAAAGAACCCGAGAUCAAAAUUCAAGUACAAAUAAUAUCCGAUGAGCCUUCUCCUACCCCCUCCUCCAACGUCUCUGGCGCCAUCGGCACCACCAACAUCAAGGCAGCAUCAGCCAACUUACAAACGCAGCCACCAUCAGUACCGCUGCUGCCGUAUACACCACAGGCAGUAUUGCCACUGCCCUCCACAGCACUGCUGCGACCAAAUGAUUAUGCAACCAAUUCGAUGUUGAAUGUCGCAACAGGGACGCAAAGUUGUACGCUGACUCCCCAAACGAAUACUAUCAAUGUACUUCCUGUUGUAACUGAGCCCGCAACGCUCUGCCAAGCCCAAUUGGUUGUCGAUCAUGAGGAAGAGGUGACCGUUUCCGAAGAGCUUAUUGCAGUGGCACCACCACCACCAAUGAAAGGAUUAGCUUCAGCACCGACGACGGAAGCGGCAAGUGCAACGAUGACAUAUCCGCCAUUACCGCCGGAAAUUGUACCACCAUUACCGCCACCACCACCAACACCAACACCAGUAACGCCGCUAGAAAACAAAACGGUGUUGCUCGCAGCACCAGUCAUAUGCACAGGUAAUCAGCCAGCUAAAGGCGUAGCAAUAAUACCGCAGCCGACGAUAUCAACAAUACCAACACAUCAGGCGGCUGCGACGCUCAAAAAGAGUAAUAACACCUGUGUCACUGUUCGAAUGGCUGCUGGUACAGCGGAGCAACAAGUUGAACGAAAGGUGGCACACAAAAUCAUAAAGGUCGGAUCGAUAAGUAAGACACCAACGUCAGCACCAGCUGAUCUGCUUAGCUCCAUCAUGGCCAGCAUGGAUAAUAGUAAUGCGGCAACCACAUCGACACCCACCACACAUAACUACUCAUCAUCACUACACUAAAACGAUGGGCUAAUGGUCUAAGGUAGUUAACGAUAAGCGGGCGCAUUUUUGCCUGAGAUGAUGGAAGUGAAGUGAUUUAUUGUACUGCGACCGAAAAGUUGAAGUGCUGAGCAGCUAUAAGGAAUAUCGAAACAAAUUUUUUAAUAGUGUAUAUUCUGCUUAAAAAGGAUAUAAUUGAUGCUCAAAUGCGUGUGGCACUUCAGCUUUUCAGUGUUCAGGCUAGCAAAUGUAAAGAGCAUACAAAAAAUUACACCUAUGGAAGAAGAGAGGAAUUAUUGUUACAAUUGGCAACAUAUUUGUAAAUACUUUUUUAUUAUAUUAUAUAACAUUUCACAUAUAUUUAUGAGUAGCUUAACCUGAGUUGUAAGAGACUAGUUUUCCUUAAAUUAUCUAUGAUGAAAAAUUGUUUGAUUAUGUGCAACCACAUAUUUUUCUGCUUAACAUAAACGUAUGUAUAUGAGCGCACAUUCGCAGUUAAAUCAGUUUGGGCUUGCUAUUGAAAAGUAGCGUCAAAAAUAUAUUUUCGAGUUCACUUAA